AUGGAUUCCCCCGCCGUCACCCGUCUCUUCCGCGAGCUCUUCCGCCGGCCCGCGUGCCAAUCACGGCGACAAUGCACGACUGCCGCCGGCAUCCCGGCUCUAAGCCAUCACCACCACCGGCCUCAUGUCCAACAUAACCACAGCGGCGGCGUAGCAGCUCCAGCAUCAUCCACCUCCUCCUCAAGAGCGGCCAAUGCCUCUGCAGUACCUCAGCAACGGCGACACUACGCCGUCAAGACCACAUCCGAGAGACAGGAAAGGACAAACGAGUCAAAAUGGCAGCAGCGGACCUCCCUCUUCCCGAGCGACCGCGCCGACGAGUUCGACACCUACCCGACCCUCAACGCCCGCGACCUGGCCGCCCGCUCGACCCGCCCGCGCAAGGCCAAGAUGCUCACCCGCGACUUCAUCGAGGACAGCCUCUACAACCCGGCCUACGGCUACUUCUCCACCCAGGCCGUCAUCUUCUCCCCCGGCCAGCCCUUCGACUUCCCCUCCUUCCGCGACGAGCCGCACUUUUACCGCGAGCUCGGCCGGCGCUACACCGAGUUCGAGGACGACCUCGACGACAAAGAGGGCGUCAACGACGCCCGCCCGCUCUGGCACACGCCCACGGAGCUAUUCCGCCCCUACUACGGCGAGGCCAUUGCCCGCUACCUCGUCUCAAACUACCGCCUCACGACGUACCCCUACCACGACCUCAUCAUCUACGAGAUGGGCGCCGGCCGCGGCACCCUCAUGCUCAACAUCCUCGACUACAUCCGCGACCUCGACCCCCAGGUCUACGCCCGCACCCAGUACCGCAUCAUCGAGAUCUCACCCGCCCUCGCCUCCCUCCAGCGCCACCACCUCCUCUCCACCGCCGACUCCCGCGGCCACGCCUCCAAGGUCGAAAUCAUCAACCAGUCCAUCUUCUCCUGGUCCGAACGCGUCCCCUCACCCUGCUUCUUCCUCGCCAUGGAGGUCUUUGACAACUUCUCCCACGACGUCGUCCGCUACGACCUCGCCACGGAAGAACCCCUCCAGGGCUCCGUCCUCGUCGACGCGGACAACGACCUCUACGAGUUCUACUCACCCGACCUCGACCCCGUCCUCGCCCGCUUCCUCCGCGUCCGCCACGCCGCCACGGGUGGCCGCUACCCCCUCCCCUACCCGGCCAACCGCGUCCUCCGCCACCUCAAGUCACGCAUGCCGCUCAUGCCGAACCUCUCGGAGCCCGAGUACAUCCCAACCCGCCUCAUGCAGUUCUUCGACGUGCUCGAAAAGUACUUCCCCGGCCACCGCCUCGUCACGAGCGACUUCCACUCGCUGCCCGACGCCAUACCGGGCCUCAACGCCCCCGUCGUCCAGACCCGAUACGAGCGUACGACGGUGCCCGUGACGACGCCUUUGGUCCACCAAGGCUACUUUGACAUCAUGUUCCCCACAGACUUCCAAACCAUGGAGGCCAUGUACCAGGCCAUCACGGGCAAGCUUACGAGGCUCAUGUCGCAUGGUGACUUUAUGCAGCGGUGGGCGUUCCUCGAAGACACCCAAACGCGCAGCGGGGAAAACCCUCUGCUGAGCUACUACCAGAACGCAAACUACGGAAAGUUCCGCAACACAGGCAGCACGUAA